CACGUGCGCGGCACCCGCCUCCCAGCAGCGCGGAGCAGCCCCCCGUUCCGGCCCCGCAGAGCGCAGCGCCCUCCUGGCGGCGGCGCGAUGCCGUGCUUCCUGAGGGGAAUGGCCUUCAUCCCCUUCCUCCUGGUGACCUGGUCGUCCGCCGCCUUCAUCAUCUCCUACGUGGUCGCCGUGCUCUCCGGGCACGUCAACCCCUUCCUCCCCUACAUCAGUGAUACAGGAACAACACCUCCAGAGAGUGGUAUUUUUGGAUUUAUGAUAAACUGCUCUGCAUUUCUUGGUGCAGCCACGAUGUACACAAGAUAUAAAAUAGUAGAGAAGCAAAACCAAACCAGCUAUUUCAGCACUCCUGUUUUUAACUUGGUGUCGUUAGUUCUAGGAUUGGUGGGAUGCAUUGGAAUGGGCAUUGUAGCCAAUUUCCAGGAGUUAGCUGUCCCCGUGGUACACGAUGGUGGUGCCCUUUUGGCGUUUGUCUGCGGUGUUGUGUACACGCUCCUGCAAUCCAUCAUCUCUUACAAAUCGUGUCCCCAGUGGAACAGCCUUUCCACAUGCCGCAUACGGAUGGCCAUCUCUGCCGUUUCCUCUGCAGCCGUCAUCCCCUUGAUUGCCUGUGCUUCAUUAAUUUCUAUAACCAAGCUGGAGUGGAAUCCAAAAGAAAAGGAUUAUGUAUAUCACGUAGUGAGUGCGAUCUGUGAAUGGACAGUGGCCUUUGGUUUUAUUUUCUACUUUCUAACAUUCAUCUACGAUUUCGAGGCCUCCCUGCUCACAGAGACCAAGCUUCUACCCUUGCUGCUAACCGGCGGUCCGUAGUGAUGUAACUCCAGGUGGGAUUGAUUUAGCAAGGCAGCUUAGAAAUCAAAAGCCUUCUAACAACAGAGUGAAAUGCAGGUGAACAACUAACAGGAAAAACUCACUGGGUUCCGGACUGUUGCCUUUGCCAGAUGAGCGGGGAGAGGAGAGUGUGUCUCAGGGAAUAUCCAAGUAAGGCAGGAUUAUGGGAAGGAGACUUUUGCUUAAUACUAAACCUCUGCAAAAGCCAAUCUGCAAACAGCAUUGCAGAUUCCACUUAUAAAACUACCCUUUAUUGUUACUGGCAUAACUUGACAUACAGUCUGACUCAGAAGCUGCAACUCACACCUCGCAUUCAUUUUACACCGGUCAACGUGCUGACGGGAGCGCAGGUCUGAGAGAGGAGAAAGGGGAGCAGGGUGUGUGAUGGAGUUUGUUUGCUCCUUUUAAUGCCUAUGGCUGGAUGUUCGCACACUUUACAAAAUGUGAAGCAGGUCCUUUGCUCAGCAAGACCUGCACAUGGCGCCACUUUUCACCCAACUCAAAAAUGACAAAUGAAAAGCAGGUCAUUCCAGAGGAAGAAGUGGGCCUUGAAAUAUGAAGGCUUAGGUUUAGAAGUUGAAGAGAAGGAACUCUUCUUCAGGGACCCUCCAGACCAUAAAUCCAUGUCUGGCCAAGUGGGUCCAGACCUUGAGGGCAUAUGCCAAGGGCAAAGCAGCCCGCCUGGAUAGCUGUGGAGGAGGGAGUGAGACUCAGUGGUAGUCAGCCACUUCUGCAAGAUCACACUCUAUUUCCCCUAAAGGUUCAGUGGUGAGAGCCUCAGACCCGCUGCUGGGUUAGUGGUAACUUGUUAUAAUGCUGUGGCUCUCUGUGUAACACUGGAACUGAAAUACUGGUUAAAGCUAUGUUCUGCAGAGGGGGAGGAAUGCCACUUACCUUUACCGUGGAACCUGCAGUAGAAUGAAUCCAGAGCUGGGUCUCCCUUGGAACAGACUUUUGUUAUCAGCCCUUCUGGAUGCAUUGUCAUUCAUUUCUAUAUCUCUCUGCAAGAUUUAGAUUGGGAGCUCCUUGAGGGCAGAGUCUGCGCCUUAAUCUUUGUCUUUGUAACUCCAGCAUUUAUCAGGCUGCCUCCUGGUACACAGUAGGUGCUUAAUAAAUACUCACUGAAUGCAUGAAUGAAGGAAUGAGCAAAUGAAGGCAUGGCUAGGGAUAUUUGUAGUGCUGCAUAAUGAGAUUUACUCUGGUUUACUAAUUAAGUGCUAAAUAGUCUGUGUCACCUUGUAAUAUUGACUGUUUUGCUCUGUGUGCUGCAAACGUUUCAGUUGCUUGGGCUUCUCCAUUCUAUGAUGACGCUCUUCAUCCUGGACAGUUACCACAGAAAUUGUUAAAUGGGCUAGACAAAAUGGUACACCUGGCUUGGCAAACUGAGAAGGCCAAAAAUCACUCCAGACAAUCACGCUCUGCUGAUUCCAUGGAAUCUCUAAAGCUGAUCUUAUCCAUAUUCUGGUAUUACUUCUAAUUUCCAUGAACUUGCAUUUCCUUGGAC